GAAGAGUUUAUUAUUAUUAUUAUUGUUAUUUUACAUCAAAGAAAAGAAAAGAUAUGAAAUGUAAGAAAAUUGCAUGAGCCUAAAUUACAUACCCACCAAACUUAGACAUAAACAGGUUAUUUGGCCUUGAAAUAUUCUAUUCCGAUCUUUACCAGGCUUCAACUUCGGAUCUUGAGCAUACACUCUCUUAAAAUAAAAAUAUCAAAUAAUUAUCACCCACUCGCACGAAUUCAGUUUCCCAAAUGUGGAGUGACAGCAGUAGCCAUGAGAUUCAGCCUCACAAAGCUCUCCAAAUCAAGCUAGAUGACAAGUUCUUCUGCAGGCUAAUGUCCAAGGAAACUUCCAUGUCUAAUUCUUCUUCAAUGGUCUACUAUGGAUCAGCUUCGGGUGCUAUUCCAUUCAUGUGGGAAUCACACCCUGGAACCCCUAAACAUCCUUCCCCUCACACUUCUCUUCCUCCUUUAACUCCCCCUCCUUCGUAUCAUUCAUCGUUGAAUUCAAAAUCGCAACCAGUGCCAAAAAAGAACUCGAAAUCGACCCUUUUCAGCUCCAUCGUUCGGAAGCUGAUCAGCGCCGCUCCAAGGAUAAACCAUGCUUCUCCUUCACCAUGUUCUUUAUUGUCUUUAUCAUCACGGUCUAAUGCUUCCAUGAAUAGAAAGUUAUCUCAUAGACUAAGGGGCUAUUUUUCAUGUUCAUGUUCAAUAUCACCCGUUCAUAAUUGCAUGGAUGAUGAUGAUCAUGCUGGUGAACGACUCAGAUCAACAGCUUCGACGUUGUGUUUUGGGAUUAAACCAAGGACUCUGAAUGAAAUUAGAGGUGGUCGGUCAAUGAUAAAAAUGAAGAAAGCAUUGCUAUCAUUUGUUAGCUAUGACUGAUCAGGUCAAGGUACUAUUGCCUAGACAUAAGUUAAGUAAUUAAUUUCAUGGUAUUUCGUUUUUAUCAUUUUGCUUUUAGGUGUAUAGUAAACAUCGUAUGUUAUUUAGACUCGAGAUGAGUGUUAGGUACCGGUAUAUUUCGAUAUAAGUGAUAUUUGAUCUUCUAUAAUUUUUAUAUAUUUCAUAUAUUAUAUCUUAAUAACAAA